AUGAGCGUGAUGAGAGAGAUGAGAGUGAUGAGAGAGAUGAGCGUGAUGAGAGAGAUGAGCGUGAUGAGAGAGAUGAGAGAGAUUAGAGAUGAGAGAGAUGACAGAGAUGAGAGUGAUGAGAGAGAUGAGAGAGAUGAGAGUGAUGAGAGAGAUGAGAGUGAUGAGAGAGAUGAGAGAGAUGAGAGAGAUGAGAGAGAUGAGCGUGAUGAGAGAGAUGAGAGAGAUGAGAGGGAUGAGAGUAAUGAGAGUGAUGAGAGAGAUGAGAGUGAUGAGAGAGAUGAGAGAGAUGAGAGAGAUGAGAGUGAUGAGAGAGAUGAGAGAGAUGAGAGAGAUGAGAGUGAGAGUAGAGUGAGUCGUGAGGAGGCCGUGAAAGUUUCAUGGGUAUGA